AUGAAUCAGGACCCUGUAUCCGUCUACACGAGUCGCGGACUUGCUUUGAAGGGCCCUGUUGCCGACCCGCUGACGGUCCUCCCGCCGGAGAUCGUGCUCCGCAUCCUCGAUUUCACACCCGUCUCAGCCUUAGCAUCUCUUACCGUUGUAUCACGCGCCUGGCACCAUUUCAUCGACGAAACACACCAAGAAGCUAUCUACUCUUCUCCAACUAAGACGUCGCAAUCGCAUACGACUUCUCAGCCACCCCGCACCGCACGCGACUUCUCGUUUGUUGAAGAUUACACCAGCUUCUCCAAGUUCUUCGAGAACCUCACAUCAUGGAAAGAUCUAUGCAAGCGACAGACGCUUCUUGCGCGCAACUGGGCCUCGUCGCAACCUGUCACGCAAGAGUCCAUCCUGCAGGUUACCAAUAAUGCGGUAUGGCGGUUUAAAGCCGACUUCAAACGUCGCCUGUUCAUCUCGACAUCGCAUGCUGGCGGACUGAAUGUGACUGAUAUGGACACUGGCGACAUCCUGUGGCAGUUGCCUUCAAUUCUAGACUCGAAUUCUGAGGAUGCCGUCAGACCGUAUGCGCAUCUAGAGUAUCAAGAUGGAAUGGCCGUAUUUGACCGUGAAGGAGACGCGGUGGAAGUCUGGCAAACAGAUCAAGAAGGUGCAGCAAGAGGAGAGUUUCGACGCGCAGCUGUUCUAGAUCACGAUUGUCAAACAAGAGGAUUCCAGCUUUCUUAUUGGACGUUGGUUGUGGUCUCAGUAGAGGGCCAGGGCUUCGUAUACGACAUGAAGCAAAGCCCGCCAAAGCUGAUUACGCACUUGAAGAUCGAAGAAGACGCGGUAGGGCACCUCGAUCAGAACGAGGAUGUGGUUGUGUAUUCCAUGGGAGCACGUGGUUACCACGUGUACGACAAGAAGACCGGAGAGGCUCUGGGUACGCUACAGCCAUCGCAAUGUACGGAAAUAUACCACGUCGAACCCUUGCCACCUCUCGAUAGACCUGGAUCUAACGGAGCUUUGGCCGCACUGAGUACGGGUCGCCCAUCGAGACCGAUUUUUCCUGCAUCAAACCCCCGCAAAACCCGCUUGAAGCCUGUCCAACUCAAUAAAGGUCCUCUUCCCAACCAGGACAGAAGAGAUACCAGUGAGGACGAAUGGGGUGCUGGCAUGCUAGACCGCGACAGCAACCUUUUCGUGGGCUUCUCCCGGCUUGGCCGUGUCUUCGUAUGUUCCGACUUCCGCAAGGCACUUGAAGACGCGAGUAAAAACCUAGCACGUUAUAGUCAGAUCCUACAGUGCGACUCCGACGGGUCGAGCUUCGACCUCGGUGGUUGGCUAUCUGUUCGCAACCAUCGAAUCAUGUUUGAGAUUAUGAACAGAGCCUACGUCGUUGCGCUCGACAGCAAGAAUCGCAUCAGCCUCGAAGAGCAAGCCACUGGGCGUGCAUCCUCGUACUGUUACCUCAAUAGUUCUGCGCCGCAACUCGCGUGUCCAAUUAGCUUCAUGGCACUUUACGACGAUUGUAUCAUGUCGACUUAUGCGACACUGGGUGAAAGGCGUGAUGGAACGACCGCAAGGAACGUUCGUCUCUUCCCAACAAAGACGAUUCGUAUCAUCAGCCUUGCGCCAAACCUCGAGGGACGAGAGAGGGCGAUGGGGGGCGUGGAGGACCCAACAUCUGUAGGGAGAGUGGAUCCUACGGAUGCAUCUCAGGAUCCAAUGUUGCGGUUGAUCUCAAUGAUUCAAACGGCUGAUGAAGAGGAGCUCCCUGGUUGGUACAAUGAUGUGUACGAUGACGAUGAGUGGGUUGACGAAUAG